CUUGGAUAGUUCUACGUUACCCAACAGGCGACUUCUUGAUUCAAGUUUCGAAUAAUAUCCGCAAUUAUGACGGAACUUGUGGUUACUCAAAGUACUUUCACAGAACCAGCGAUAGCUCAACUAGGGCGUAGGCGCUUUGAAAAUCCUCUUACCGCUUUAAGCCCAAUGCACUGGCCUUUCCCCAAUGGGAUGUUUGUAUACAGAAACUUGCAAGGCGUUUCGAUGGAGUUUGCGUAGAUGAUCAACAUUACUCUAAGGAAUCUAACCCAGGCGUAUGUGUAAAGGGUGAU